AUGCCGGGAGAAGAGGUGCCACAUUUUGAUGCCCAUUUUAUGUCUGAAACUGGUCUGAUAGAUAUCUUCUUCUUUGGAGGACCUUCACCGCAAGAUGUUCAGAGACAACUAUCGCGCAUCAGCGGGGUGACGCCUAUACCUCCACUCUUCUCUAUCGGCUACCAUCAGUGUCGCUGGAAUUACAACGAUGAGCAGGACGUGAACGAGAACUUCGAUGUAUACGACAUCCCUAUGGAUGUGAUGUGGUUGGAUAUUGAACACACUGAUGGCAAGAAAUACUUCACAUGGGAACCUCACAAGUUCGCUCAUCCAAAGGAAAUGAUCGAUGGGUUAGCUGCUAAGACGCUAAAGACCUGGGAUUUGUAUGUAAAGAAGGCUGAUGGUGAAAGUGACUUCGAAGGUCAUUGCUGGCCAGGUGCGAGCGCUUACCUGGAUUUCCUCAACCCUGAGACACGAAAAUACUGGGCUGCUCAAUUUGCGUUCGAUCGGUAUGUUGGAUCUACUCCUCAGCUCUUCACUUGGAACGAUAUGAACGAGCCGUCGGUCUUCAGCGGAGCCGAAGUAACUUAUGAGCAAGGACGCAUGCUGCACAACAUGUACGGUUUUCUGCAACACUCGUCGACUUUUGAAGGUCAACUCCAGCGCACCGGUGGGAAGGACCGUCCUUUCAUACUUACUCGAUCUGGAUUUAUUGGAACCCAACGAACUGCAGCGAUCUGGACCGGAGACAAUACCGCUGAGUGGGGGCAUUUAGCGAUCGCAGCACCUAUGCUACUCUCGUUGUCAGUUUCUGGUGUGCCAUUCGUUGGGGCUGAUGUGGGUGGAUUUUUCGGAAAUCCCGAUGAGCAGCUACUCACCCGUUGGUACGAAGCCGGCGCGUUCCAGCCUUUCUUCAGAGCUCAUGCUCACAUUGAUACGAAAAGGCGUGAGCCUUGGUUGUUCUCAAAGCCAACGCUGGACGCAAUCCGUCAAGCUAUAAGGCGGCGAUACGCCUUGCUUCCGUACUGGUGA